GCUGUCUUGUCGCUUCCGGCUUCAAACACACAGAUAUACAGCGCUUUACUACGAACACAGAGGUCUCGAGCAGCACGCAUGACAACAGAAACCUCCAAAGAAACUAUUUAUUCUGAGAGCAAACUGUGAGAGGAUUUCACCGGUGAAAUGCUUUGAAGUUUUCCUGAAAUAACCAGAGAGAAAACACUCGUGGAAGAAAAAAGACAUUUUGAGAUCUUCUUCUGUGGAGGAGGAUUUUUUGGUGAAAAUCUGAAGAAGCAAAAGGGACCGGCGGCGGCGUCGAACAAGUUCGUCUGUGGAAGACACCGCAAACACACACAAAGAGUAGAUAACGAGUUGUUUUGGUGCACAAGGAGCGGCAUCUUUGCAUGUUUUGUGUUCCAAGUGUCUGACACACAGACAGAGAAGAAUCAUCUUCGGUCUAUAACUAUUGGUAUCUGGUUGUAAUAUUACUCAGAUAAUAAAAGUGUCCCGGAGAAGCCUUAGAGAGGACGGGACUGCGCCGAGUGGUGGGUGCAGAUUUUCCUGCAGUGUGGAGCUGCUGCUGCUGGCUGAAUGCAGAGGAAACACUGAAAGCUGUUCUCCAGACCUUCCCUGCUGCUUCAGGGGAGAUUGUCAGAUGUGUACCCAGCUCUCAAAGCCCCAGGCCUGGCCGCGGGGAUGGCAGCCUCUGCCCUGAACCUGAACGGCCUCGGAGUCAUGAACAGAUACACACAAACCAACCAACCCUCUCCUCUCUGCAGCAGUAAUCAGUUUCACACCCAGCCAGGUUCCUCUAGCACCACCUCUGGAGCUAGAACCAGUCCAGUCGGUCGACCUGUGCUGCCGGUUCCAGAUCGGAGCACCUACUGUCAGUUACUGGGUGGGGGAGCUUUGGGUGGAGGUCUCUACAGCCCAACCAGCCCUAAGACGAGCCCUCAGACCCUGGGUCGAACCUUUGUCUUCCCCCCUUCAUCCUCGCCCUCCCCCAGCCCCACCCCUCGUGCUCACUCCCCCUCCCCACGAAGCCCGGAGCUCCUAGGAGUCAAUGUGGGCCAGCGGGUCCGACGAUUGAGCUCACCCGGCGGUGAGGAGAGAGGGGAAAGAGAAGGGCAGGAGGAGAGGGGAGGAGAGACAAGAGGCGGAGAGGGGCGAGAGGAGAGGAGACGCCAGGUACAGCAGCUGCAGAUACACAGAGAGCUGCAGAACGUUGAGGUCAGGGGAAAAGUGGGCAUUUUCGAGGCCCACAUUUCUGGAAUUCGUGCCCAGGUGCUUAACAGUGAGCUCCAGCGCAGCCCUCGGUCUCCAAGACGAACCUUUGAAUGCCCAAUGACCCACUCACAGCAGCGGAAAGUUCCCCCUGUUGUCCAAAAUGGAAGAGAAAGGGAGGAAGAAACAAUGGAAGGAGAAAGGAGAGAAGGAGGAAGGAAUGAAGGUGAGAUGGACAGCAGUGCUACUAAAACAAACACUGAGAACAAGACACCAAUUGGUCAAAAUGGCCAGCAUUCAGAAACAAUGCAAACUCCCUGUUUAGAUGGACUGUUUGUCGUUCAGGGCUCCUUUGAGACAUUAAACCUAGAUGCAACAGACAGAGAAAAAAAAGAGGGAGAAAGACUGAGAAAUAAGGAGGGAGAAAAAGACGAAGGGGAGGUAGAAAACAAACAAAUGCUAGGAGACAAAAGACAAUGGACAGAGAAAGAAGUGACAGACGAGAAAGAGGGCCGGUUGUGUCUUGAGAUGCUGCUCCAGACAGAGGCAAACAGGUUGGCGGUUAACCCUGAAACCCCUGCUUUUCCUCGGACACAAAGCAGUGACAGCUUCCCUUGGUUGCUGGACAUCACUGAUCACACCUCCAACCACUCUCCCUCCAUCCCUCCCUCCAUCCCUGCAGUCAUAAUAACUGACCACGGUUUGGAAAGCCAGCCUCAAACUUCUGAAGGCCCCUGCUCAGACCAGGGACUAUGCUGCACCCCUAGCCCCAGUUCUAGCCCUGUCCCUGGGCCGAACUCCUCCAACCGCUCCCUCAGGAAGCUGUCGUCCUCCUCUGCCUCCUCGGCUGGUUUCUCCUCGUCUUGGGAAGAGUCAGAGGAGGAUGUUUCCAGUGAUACGGAGAAAGGAGAGCAGCUUCUCAACCCUGCACUCCUCACUUCCAAACAAAAAGCGCACAAGUCUUGGAAGAAGAUUAAGAACAUGGUCCACUGGUCACCGUUCGUCAUGUCCUUCAAGAAGAAAUAUCCCUGGAUACAACUGGCUGGGCACGCAGGGAGCUUCAAGGCGGGAGCCAACGGCCGUAUACUAAAAAAACACUGUGAUUGUGAGCAGCGCUGUUUGUCCCUCCUGAUGAGGGACGUGUUGCGCCCGUACGUCCCUGGUUACCAUGGAGACGUAGAGAAGGACGGCCAGAAAUACAACCAGAUGGAGGAUCUGCUGGCUGAGUUUGACUUCCCGUGUGUGAUGGACUGUAAGAUGGGAGUGAGGACCUACCUUGAGGAAGAGCUGACCAAGGCUCGUAAGAAGCCCUCUCCAAGGCCCGACAUGUAUCAGAAAAUGAUCGAGGUUGAUCCCGAGGCACCUACGCUGGAGGAAAACCACCAGAAAGUGGUGACCAAACCCAGAUACAUGCAGUGGAGGGAGACCAUAAGCUCAACAGCCACCCUGGGAUUUAGGAUAGAGGGAGUCAAGAAGGAGGACGGGACAGUGAACAGAGAUUUUAAGAAAACUAAGACGAGAGACCAAGUUACUGCAGCCUUCCAUGACUUUGUCAAAGGAAAUAAGGACAUACUGAAUGGUUAUCUAAGAAGGCUGGAGGAAAUCAGAGACACUCUGGAGGUCUCCCCAUUCUUCAAAACCCACGAGGUGAUUGGCAGCUCCUUGUUAUUCGUUCACGACAGUAAGGGACGGGCCAAAGUCUGGAUGAUCGACUUUGGGAAAACCACGCCUCUUCCUGACGGGGAGGAACUAACCCACCGAGCAUCGUGGGUAGAGGGCAACAGAGAAGAUGGUUACCUGUUUGGACUUGAUAGUUUGGUGGACAUCAUUUCAUCAAUGGUGGACUCUGAGACUUGAAGUCUGAAGGAUUUGAAAAAAAAAUCCAAGUGAACAUUUGGACACACAACAACCACUUCCAUUCAUUCUUCCCUUCUCUGGGGAACACUUUGGACUUCCUCAAAGAUUCCUUCACAGACAUUUGUCCUCAUGAUGGAAUCCCAUAACAAUGCGUGGCCAAAUCCAUUCAUGGGUGCAACAUUUCUAUUCAUAUCCAGUGGAUUUCAGUAUCUUGCUCUUCUUCAUCCAUAGCCGUUUUAAUGUGAUCCUUAUACCCUCAAGGGCCUGCUGUAAUAGCCCUUUUUCACAGCAGACAUGUUAACUUGUCAUAGCAGGAAAAACAUAGGUGGAACUAAUGACACUAAUGAUGACUCAGUUCCAUUAAGUGUCCCAGUAAGUCAUCCCUGUGAGCCAGCAUGCACAAUAUCUGCACUAUUACUGUUAUUCGUUACACCUGUGCUUCUUAUGCUAUGACAUGUCGAAAUGUCUGCUGUGAAAAAAGGUCUAUUUUUACAUGCAUUAUACCUGAAAGACAAACUUUUUUUACUAUUGGAAUUCUCCAAUUAAAAGCAAAAAAUAUAGAUUGCCUAAUCCAAGGCUAAGGCAGGUGGUAUUCUAUAUUUAUGUUAUCAUAAACAAAUCCUAUAAAAAGACCAAAACAAUAAUGUGUUAGUCUGUCUUUCAAUAUUUGCCUAGCCUGUCUGUGGCUGUCAGCCCCAAGCCCAUUUGUUCCUGCUGAAGACAUAAAUCUUUAAAAACAGAUCAUGGAUAUAUAGUUUAAUUUUUUAAAGAGGGUAAAUCAUUUUCUAAAACAGCUGGGCACUGACCUUUUAAGCAAACAUUACUCAAACAGGAGGAAAUAGUGCAUUUGUUGGGGACUAUUUUCAGUGGCAGAUUAAUACACAUUUGGUGCUCUAAUGAGUAUGUGGCAUCAAUUAAAAAAAACAGUGUCCAUGUUCAUUGUAAUGAAUGAAUAUGUCACCCAGUGCAAUGUGUGGCUCAUUGAUGUGUUGUUGAUUUAAAGCCACUAUGUGUGGAAUUUGAACAUUUCUGACUUUGGCGCUCUCUGGUGGUAGUAUCAAAUAAGACACUGUAAUUGUCUAACUUUUCCUAUAAACCAGCACUUAUACAGCAUAAGCCUAAUUUGAAAAAAGUCUGAAACUCCCAUAUUUGACAUCAAAUGCCCUUACUUACACUGCACUUAAUUACAUUUCCACUGUUAGAGAUUGUACAGUUGAGUGUGUUUUUACUCAUGAGAACAUGAUUUUAGGUGUGUUUUGCAGUGGCAAACAAAACUAGUCUUUUAGCAGUUUUUCACCUAUCUUUAACCAGUCACGCUCAGAGCUGUAGACAGAAUUUUGAUACUGUGAGUUGGUCAGUGAGGUUUUCAGUGGCAGCCAUCUUUGCUCCACAGUAAUCUGUCAAUAACUGGCAAUUAUGUGGAGCUAAAUUAUACAUCUCACAGUAGUUUCAGCAUGUUAUGUAGGGCAUUGUUUCAUAUGUAACAUAUUUUCGGCCAAACACUUAUCACCCUUCUCACACUUUAUUGGGAUUGUUCACAAUGUACAGUAAGAUUUAUUAUGUUUGAUGUAGUUUUUGUAACAUUAUUUCAGUGUACUCAAAUCCUGUGGAACACUUACAGCCAUGAACAAUCAUAUUUAAGCUAUACAGUGCCUUGACAUUACAAAGCCAAGUCAGACAACUGAAAAUAUGUUCUUACUUUUAAAUGUUAUGAUGGAAUUUUCUCUUAGUCUUAACUGUCGGUUUCUGUGCUUAGCCUUACAUGGGUGCAUGUUUAUUAUCCUCUUAAAGUUUGGGAUUAACUUCAUUAUGUUUUUAUUUAUAACAUUAUAUUAUGUUUUGUUUUUUUAGUCAAUGGGAUACUGUGACAUUUUGAAUUUUGGGUUAUGUUGUUUUGUCUUCAAGCAUGUGUUACAGUAUGAGUGAAAGUCAAAAUGUGGGGCAGGUCGCUGACAUUGUGGACAUCCCAUAUUCAAACCAUUGGAUAUGGCUGUAGAAAAGAUUGAUGAUGUUUAGAUAAUGACACCCAUUUAUUUCAAUGGGGAAAGCAAACAGUCACUUAGAAACUGGUUGGGCA